UUCCCUGUCAUUGAACUCACAUCAACCAGCCCAAGUUUCCAAUAACAUCCUCAAAUAGCUAUGGCGACCAUAGCUUUCUCUCGGUUAUCUAUCUACUUUUGUGUUCUUCUCCUAUGCCAUGGCUCUAUGGCCCAGCUAUUUGGUCCGAACGUAAAUCCAUGGCACAACCCUCGGCAAGGAGGUUUUAGGGAGUGUAGAUUUGAUAGACUACAAGCAUUUGAACCACUUCGGAGAGUGAGGUCAGAAGCCGGGGUUACAGAGUACUUUGAUGAGAAGAAUGAACAAUUCCAGUGCACAGGUACAUUUGUCAUCCGACGUGUCAUUGAGCCUCAAGGCCUUCUGGUACCUCGAUACAGCAAUACUCCUGGCAUGGUCUACAUCAUCCAAGGGAGAGGUUCUAUGGGAUUAACUUUCCCCGGCUGCCCAGCAACCUACCAACAACAAUUCCAACAAUUCUUGCCUGAAGGCCAAAGCCAGAGCCAAAAAUUUAGGGAUGAGCACCAAAAGAUCCACCAAUUUAGACAAGGAGAUAUCGUUGCACUGCCAGCUGGUGUUGCGCAUUGGUUCUACAAUGAAGGCGAUGCACCAGUUGUUGCUCUAUAUGUCUUCGACUUAAACAACAACGCUAAUCAGCUUGAACCAAGGCAGAAGGAGUUCUUAUUGGCGGGUAACAACAACAGGGAGCAACAAAUGUAUGGUCGCUCAAUCGAGCAACACUCUGGGCAAAACAUAUUUAGCGGUUUCAACAAUGAGCUACUAAGUGAGGCCUUAGGCGUCAAUGCAUUGGUAGCAAAGAGGCUACAAGGCCAAAACGACCAAAGAGGAGAGAUCAUACGGGUAAAGAAUGGCCUUAAACUGUUGAGACCUGCUUUUGCACAACAACAGGAACAAGCACAACAGCAGGAACAAGCACAAGCUCAAUACCAAGUUCAGUACAGUGAAGAACAACAACCAUCUACGCGUUGCAACGGUUUAGAUGAGAACUUCUGCACAAUCAAGGCAAGGUUGAACAUCGAAAAUCCUAGCCAUGCUGAUACUUACAACCCACGUGCUGGAAGGAUCACACGUCUCAACAGUCAGAAGUUCCCCAUUCUUAACCUUGUACAAUUGAGUGCUACUAGAGUAAAUCUAUACCAGAAUGCUAUUCUCUCUCCGUUUUGGAACGUUAAUGCCCAUAGCCUGGUGUAUAUCGUUCAAGGGCAUGCUCGAGUUCAGGUCGUUAGUAACCUUGGAAAGACGGUAUUCAAUGGCGUUCUACGUCCAGGUCAAUUGCUGAUCAUUCCACAACACUACGUUGUCUUGAAGAAAGCAGAGCAUGAAGGAUGCCAAUACAUUUCAUUCAAGACCAAUGCAAACUCCAUGGUGAGCCACCUUGCAGGGAAGAACUCAAUAUUCCGUGCCAUGCCAGUGGAUGUGAUCGCUAAUGCUUACCGCAUAUCGAGGGAGCAAGCACGAAGCCUUAAGAAUAAUAGGGGAGAAGAGCUCGGUGCCUUCACUCCUAGAUAUCAACAACAGACCUACCCAGGCUUCUCAAAUGAGUCGGAGAACGAGGCCUUAGAGUGAUGUACUAAUGAAAUAGUAUAGGUGUAUCAAAAAAAUAAUGCCACAAGUAUGUGAAACUUUGUGGCGGUUCUGUUCUAAGUUUAUGAAGCACUAAUAAAAUGCUACAACUGUUUUGUUCA